UUCCAUUCACCGCGACGCGUCGUCGUGGAACAGGCUGCGCACGCUCCCCAAAGAAAGUUCUGUCGACCUGUUUGCUCCGACAACAAACACCGAUCCAGCUUCUGACUCGAGGAUCCAACGUCUUCCGUGGCAAGUGAUUCGAGAUAAUGAAAAACAAGCGGGCUGUGAAACUGCAACGGGGUGGUUAAAUCAAAGAAGUAGAUAAAAAUAAAAUGCAAAGUGUCGGGUCCUUCGAGACUUCGUGAUUGUGGUGAAGAUAAAGACUUUUCUACUUUUCGAAGCAACUUGACUGAAGAAGUGAAGUAAAGACAUUGAACAGAGGAAGUCGAAAGAAAAGGAAAAGUGUCAAUUUCGAGACUUUGUGACUGCGACUGUGACAAAGAUAAAGGCUUUCCUACUCUUCGAAGCAACUUGAUCGAAGAAGUGAAGUAAAAAUGUCGAAUAGGAGAAGGAAGUAAAAAUAAAAUAGAAAGUUGUAGUGUGACUGUGACUGAGACAAGGAUAAAAGAUUUUCUACUGUUAGGGACUAUUGCACUAUAGAAGUAGGAUAAAAACAAAUAGGUAAAGUAGAAAGAAAAGAAGUGGAAGUCCUCGCGAGACUGACUUUCGAGUUCUCUGGCGACAGACUGAAGACACCUAGAGGACAGCUAGAAGACACCGUGUUCGAAUUUUUAACUGAGGAACUGGAUGAGGAUUUGAAGACCAAUUUAAAUCUACGAGUCAGGAUUUGAAUACAAAUUUGUAUCUAACGGAUGAGAAGGUAGAAACACAUUUUAGCUGAAGAUACGAGGUAGAUGGAGACUCGAAAAGGUGAAACCAGGACAGAGUUUAUCAGGGAUUAUGUGAAUCUUGAGUGAAAGAUACUGAAUACGAGAAUUGUGACUUGUUGGUCGACGAAGGGGAGUGGUUUGUGAUUCCGUUGUGCGAUAAGGGACGUCAAGAUGGUUUUCUUCGGAAGAAAGGAAAAGAUAGAGGAUCGGCGGUUGUUGGCCAGCAUCGAUGCCAUGAAUGGAAUCAAACUGUAUCACAUGGAAAAUGCCGCCUUCAUGCACGUACGCGACAACCUGGAGGAGCUGGGCAAGGUGGCCGACGACACGGAUCUGCUAUUCCUCAAGGGUCUCCUGGACAGCCCGGUCGUCACGUCUUUGGUGAAGGUUCAGGAGCGUCUGGAGGAUCCUCCUCUCCACGUGGAACCGGUAUGCUCGUCCGUCUGUGACAUCGUCGACGAAAUUUGUCACGCGCUCCGCGCCUCCAGGGACGAAAACGCGCGCGAACUAUCGCGGCUGCUGCGAACAUCGCACCUGAAAGCACUCCUAGAGACACACGACGCCGUCGUCGAGCGGAAGGAAGCUCCUUCGAAGCCACAACCACCGCCACCGACGAUGCCCACCAACGAAAGGACGGAGGCAGUCAGGAUGGUCGGCCUCAGGAGGCAACCUGACGAACCCCUGGGUUUGACGGUGCAGGUCGACGAAUCUGGCAACUUGAUAAUCGCCAGGAUCCUAGGUGGUAGCACGGCCGCCCGGCAAGGACUCCUCCGAUCAGGCGAGGUGAUCCUAGAAGUGAACGGAAAAAUCGUUCGCAACCCAGAGGAGCUCCAAGAGGCCAUUCAAGAGGCGAAAGAGAACCUCACGCUGAAAUUGGCGCCUGGGAUAGCCAUCGAUGCCAACCGUUCCUUGAAAUCCACGUGUUACAUGAGGGCGCUCUUCGACUACGACCCUUCGGAGGACACCUUGCUACCAUGCAGAGAGAUCGGUCUGCCCUUCCAGAAGGGCGACGUUCUGCAGAUCGUCGACCAAGCCGAUCCGAACUGGUGGCAAGCUCGAAGAGUCGAAGGAGAAGGCCUCGGUCCUCCGGGUCUAAUUCCAUCCUUAGAACUCGAAGAACGGAGAAAAGCGUUCGUCCCACCGGAAGCUGACUUCGUCCACAAGAUUAGCAUCUGCGGCACCAGAAUCUCGAAGAAGAAGAAGAGGAAGAUGUACCAGUCGAAGUCGAACGGCGAAUUUGACGGAGCUGAGCUGCUUCUGUACGAAGAGGUGGCCAGGAUGCCACCGUUUAGACGCAAGACCUUGGCUCUGGUUGGUCCUAGAGGUGUUGGUCGCAGGACACUGAAGAACAGGUUGAUAAACAGCGACCCCGAGAAGUUUGGCACCAUCGUUCCAUACACAUCACGGCCACCUAGAGUACUCGAAGAGGACGGCAAGAGCUACUGGUUCACUGAUCGCGAGGGGAUGGAAACGGACAUCAGAGAGCACCGAUAUCUCGAGUACGGUGAGCAUGGUGGGCAUUUGUAUGGAACGAAACUGGACUCUGUACGCGAAUUAAUAAGAGCUGGGAAGAUGUGUGUCCUGGACUGCAGUCCAGCAGCCCUCAAAAUCCUUCACAACAGUACAGAGUUCAUGCCGUACGUCAUCUUCAUAGCAGCACCAGGGAUGGAACAAUUAAAGUGUUUGUACGACCUUGGAAGGUCCACUGGGGCGAGCAGUCGAAAUUUAACGUUUGACCGCCAGAGUUCCAUAAGGUACAGCUCGAGGCGAGCUAGGACGCUGGAGUCCAUUGCAUCGUUGUACGAGGAGGACGAUAUGAAGACCACACUGGAGGAGUCCGCAGCUCUGCAGCGUGCCUAUGAAAAAUACAUAGACAUGGUGAUAGUGAACGAGGACUUCGACAACGCAUUCAGACAGGUGAUCGCAGCGUUAGACGCAUUGGCCACCGAGCAUCAAUGGGUACCAGUGAAUUGGAUCUACUAAUCACGAUCUGGGUCACCUCGACGAGGAUGUGGUUCCAGGUGUCGCAGACUAUACUCGCCGUGUUUAACGGGAAACAAGCAAACGAAUCAUAACUGUCUGGGGAACACGCGGCCAGGGCCUCUCGAAGAUCGAGACAGGCCUGGGACACUCAGAGAUCUUUGUACGCCUCUCAGAAUUCCCUAGUAUGAUAAAAAGAGCCUCCUUUGUUGCCUAAUAAUUAAUAAUUUCGGUACAAGAAGGAAUGUUACUGCGUUUCAUUCUUGUGUUUGUCAGUUAGAGCAGGAUUCGUCUGGCAGAUAAGAUAGAGCGCUCUGCCGAUAAGACUCGGUAAUGUAGAACCGUCUGUCGAUAAGACACUGUGCUGGUAAAAUAGAGCACUCUGUCGAUAAACAGAUCAAUAUAGGUUAAUCCUAUUUAACAGAUUUGGAACGAAAAGCAGUGGUAUUUUCCCUUGAACUGAUAUGAACUACGAACUGAUUGUAAGGACACAUACAAAUUUGUUAAUUAUCAUCACGAACUCGAGGUCCCUGAAAGUGUGAGAACCCCCCGUGAUGGGGCCUGCACGCAAACGCGACCUUUGUAGCCGUAUUGGCUCGUUGAACUCGAAGUUGAGUGUAUCGUCAUCGCCAUUGUGUUUUCAGCACUGUACUGUCGUGCGACACAACGAUUCUGUGGUCGUGCUACAUGUAUAGAGAGUUUAGUGUGUUGUAUAUUGUCUCGAUUGAGUGUAUAGAUAUUUUAAUUCAGCGGCACGCUCAACGAACGAGUUCACGAGUUUUCUUUAAACGAAAGUUUGCACCAUGAUUUUGACUGUGUUCCCGUAUUUUCUGUUUGGAGAAACACUCUGGCUAUGAAGGUCGUCGAGAUUGUCCGAGAGGCGACCUCUUCAUUGCCGUUUCUAGCAAGUACAAUCAUAGCAUUUACGUUAUUUUGUUUUAGGUUUACCAAACGACCCGUUCUCCCGCCAAAAUUCGGCAAUUUUCUUUUUAAGGACCAUAGACAAUAGAGUGUGUCCUCUCGUUUAGGAAAUAACGGGAAUUUUUGCAUCAGUGUUUCCUCGACAUCCAGUUCUUACGAUUUUAUUCAUUGAUUGUAUGUCAUGUAUAGAUUAAUUUCUGGGAAAUCUUUUAUGAAAUUUCAUUUCAAUUUUAUUUCUAAUUUGAUAGAGUUCUUCGUGUAGCUUUAUUCAUUGCCAAUGAAAAUUUUGAAGUUUAAAAAUCAUUACUCAAGUAAAUUGUAAGAUCAUUUCAUAAAAUAGUUGGGACACAUCCCAGAUCUCCAAAUUACAUAUUAGGGACACCUGGAGAGGGCCCUGUCGAAGGAAAAAAAAUAAUACAUCACAAAAUCAUUAAACAAAUAGUAAAAAGCCUAAUACAAGCGACGCCUAAAAGUAGAGAACACGAAUCAAACUAACAAUAAGUUUUCCAAACAGAAUACUUCACAUUUUCAUCGAUGAAAUUCUAUCAGAUCAAUAAAAGAGAACGGGCCGAUAAAGUAAGCAUUAGACCGCCGUCCAAUUAAUUUUAGGAUACACCUAGUUUUAAUUUCCCUCGAACCACGAGCCAGCACAUAUUUAUGCGCAUUUAUUUACCGUAAGCGAUACUUCAGUUCUUUUAUAGAUACAUACGAAUAAUUACGUACUUCGUACUUCAUGUACCGCUCGUGCACGCUGAACGUAUUCCUGGCAUAGAGUGCCUUAAUAGCGUUGCCCUUCGAGGGCUCACGCGCGAAGACCUACUAUGUCGACGACGAGAUUUGUCUUAUACAGUACGACAUACAAUUUUACGGUCAUCCAUGUUUUUUUAUCAUAAAUUCGUCGUUUCUCAAUGAUAUCGUUUGCAAUUUUUAGUGAUAUUACCUCAUACUAUCGCGCCACUACCCACCGAGUUUCAAAAGAAUCCGUUGAGUGUUGCAGGACUUAUAAAUAUUUUUCGAAAGUUCGGAGUGACAACUCUACGAUCGUUUCGAAUGAAAAAUGUGUUAAAAGAUCAUGUGGACAUCACUAACUAUCCUUUUGUCUUAUAUUUAGUUGUUUUCAAUAAAAAUAAGUUUUUAUCAAAAUAAUACACAUUUCAUGAAGUGAUCGUAAAAUUGUGUCACUCCGAAUUUUCGAAAAAUAUUUAUAAGUCCUCCCAAACUCAACGGAUUCUUUUGAAACUUGAUGGAUAGUAGUGUGAUAGUAUAAGGUAAUAUCGCUAAAAAUUGCAAACGGUAUCAUCGAGAAACGGUGAAUUUAUGACGAAAAAUAUGGGUGACCGAAAAAUUACAUGUCGCACUUUUAUACAAACGAGAAUUUUACGUAAGAGACACGACGAAUAACACGCGAGAUUUUUUUCUAAUCUUCUGACCACGUAUGCACAUGGUAACGCACGUCAGUUGCAAAGUUUCUGUACGCGCUGUAAGGACUUUCAGGUCCUGAUCCUGCCGCGUCACAUACGGAAGAAUAAAGUUUAUCGAGCGUU